UGUUGUUGCUGCUGUGGGUGACACUGCUGCUCAUUCAUGCUGAUCCUACGCAGCGACCGUUGCAGAUCCGCUAAGCUCAUGUUUUCGUCUUCGUCAUCAUCAAAUUUUGUAACAUGCCAGAAAAGAGCCGGGCUGCUACUACGCUUUGAAUGGUCAAUAUGCUGCUGUAGAGCAUGCGCACUCUCGGCUUUGGCAAGUGUCUGGAGCGGUGAGAUUCCGUGUAUUUGGUCGUCGGCGAUAGUAGAGGCACGAUGGCUUAUUGAUUUCCUUGGUGUCUGCAUUGAUGUCGAUGUUGCUGCUGCUGCUGUUGCUGCUGGUUGGUUCUCUUCUUCGACCACUCGGAUGUUUCGUCCACGAAUCGACGAGUGAUACCUGACAGAUCUGUCGACUACGGCUUGGUCACCGUCCCCAUCCAAAACAGUUCUAGCGUUUUGAAAAAAGUCAAUGUCAGGUGCUUGCGCUCCUCCAGUGUUUGCUGCUGCGGUAACGGUGUUGUUAUUAUUGGAAAUCCAGUUUUUGACUUCAUCUGACCGCUUCUUCUUCAGGGAGGUGCUUGGUCGGUCUGCCAAGGGUAGCUCCUGCGGCAGGAUGGCGGCUGACGAUGCAUCGGCUGGUGCAAUGCUAUUGGAUUUUGUCGUGGCUGCAUCGUUGCCACGUUUGGUUGCACUAGCAACCGAUCGUAUCGAUCGUUUGGAUGACUUGCGUCGUGGAAUGGCCGCUUUUCGUGCGGCGGUGGAUUUCUCACGCAAGCUUAUGCUUGUGAGUCCGCUGAUUGAGCUCAUGUUUUCGUCGUCAGGAAUGGGUUCGAUCGGCGGCGGUGAUGUAUCGUAUGCUGCUAGCUCAGCGAGGGACUCCCGCCAUUGGUCAAUCCAUUGCACCUUUUCCACGGACAGCAUGGGCGCUUUGUAUCUGCUGUCGUACGGUGAUGGCCUGGGUGUUGCCUGCUGUGGAGGAGGUGGAGAGACAAGGUUCCGCGUCGUCAUAGAACUGCUUGCGUCUACUACGGGUCGAUGCAUUGCCUCGGGUGGAUAGUCAAAGAUUUGUUUACUACUGGGACGAUACGAGGAGGUGGUAGGCUGCUGCUGCUGCUGCUGUUGCUGUUGCUGGUUUGCAAUUUGAUUCCGUAUGGUUUGUGCAAAUUUCCACAUUUUCGUGAGAACAAAGAGCCAGCGUUCCAGAUCUUUGUGUUUCUGGGCCUUCAUGACAUAGCACUGACCAUCGAAGGUGCGCACGCAGAAGCAUUUUGAUUUCGGGCUUGUGGACGUAGAAAAGGGGGAUCUUUUUUUGUGUUGCUGCUUCAGUACGGAAAUAGCGGAAAUGUUGGAUAUGUCGACUGUCCAUUUGGGUAACUGGUAGUAGCUGGCCAUGACGACGGUUUGUUGCUGUUGUUGGAUCUGCUGCUGUUGUUGUUGCUGCUGAUGAUGUUG